AUGGGCGAUGGCCCUGCCGUCGCCCCGCCCGUGGGCAUGGCCCCGCUGCUGCUGACGUUCUCGCCCGCCGACCUCGAGCAGCGGUACGAGGAAUGGGCCAACGCCGGCCUGCUGGCGGAUGCCGACAGGACCUUCCUGAUCCUCGCGAUGGCAUCACGAGCCGUCGCCCUGGCUUGGCCCGCGGCAGGGGCCGGUGGAUCGCCGGGGCUGGCGCUGAUGAUGGCGCGGGCGGCGUGGCCGACGCUGGCAUGGAUGCUGUGGGCGGCGGCGGACCUGGGCCUGCGGGCGGCGGCGGGGCGCGGCGGCCUGGGCGCCUGGCGCACGCCGCUGGUCAUAUCCACCAGGUUCAUGACCACCCUGGAGGCGGGCCUGGGAUGCUCCGACGCCGCCAGCGGCCUCCUGCUCACCGCCCUGUCCCCCCGCUCCCUUCUCUUUUCCGCUCUCUCCUACUCCGGCCUCUGGUCGCUGCUCAUCAUGGCCCUCGCCCAGCCGCUGCCCUUCCGCUGGCACAUCCCCGUCCACGCCGUCGCCCUCGCCUUCGUGGCCAUCAACGCCGGUGUGCCCACGUGCGCUGCUGCAUCAUGCGCGGGCAUGUGCUCCCAGUGCCGCGAUGAGGCAUUCGCCUGGCACACGAUCGACGGGAUGACGUCACUGCUGGACGGAGCGGCACGGGCGUGUUUGGAGGUGACCUUUGGGGUCGGCAACUUGCCGGGCGCGCUGGAGUGGACGGUGGAGCAGCCUUGCCUCCAGCUGGUGCUAUUUCUGCAGCUGUUCCUGGGCUUCCUGGUGGCCUCCUACUUCGUGUGGCUGCUGGAGCGGCGCAGCAGGGUGGAAUUCAUCUGGCGGGCGGGCCUUGGGGCCCACGCCGUGGAGCAGCUGCCGGCCUUUUCUUGCGUCAUGCACGGCGUGCUGACGUGGGUAGCCUUCGGCGUGACGUGGAGGGUGCUGCUGUACUUCACCCCGGGAUCCGGAACCUGGGGGCCGGCGCCGGAGAGGCUCCGGGCGCCAGGGGGCGCGGCGGGGGCGGCGGCCCGGAACGGGUCCAUCGCCGGGGUGUGGGAUUGGCGUUGGGCCGCGGCGUGA